CUGAAAUACGCGGAAGCGACAGGCGGAAGCCUCGACGGAAGCGGUCUGUCAAGGAAGAAAAAAAAAAGCUGCAGAAUUUGACACAAAGAAGCUGAAUCCCAUAAAACAACCUCGAUCAUUCCCCCUUCUCCGCACCAGCGUCCGCUGCGAUGAUUCUGUUAGAAAUCAACAACCGGAUUAUAGAAGAGACGCUGACGUUGAAGUUUGACGGCGCAUCAAACGGAACCAAGCCAGAGGCAGUCGAAGUGACUUUUGCAGAUUUCGAUGGCGUCUUGUACCACAUCUCCAACCCCAAUGGGGACAAGACCAAGGUGAUGGUCAGCAUCUCCCUGAAGUUCUACAAGGAGCUACAGGAGCAUGGAGCUGACGAGCUGCUGAAGAGGGUCUAUGGGAAUUUCCUGGUUUCACCAGAGUCUGGCUACAACGUGUCCCUUCUUUUUGACCUGGAUGCAGUACCAGCCAAUAAGGAGGAGGUGAUCCACCAGGCGGGCAUGCUAAAGAGGAACUGCUUCGCCUCUGUCUUUGAGAAAUACUUCAAGUUCCAGGAAGAGGGCAAAGAGGGCGAGAAGAGGGCCGUCGUCCACUACAGAGACGACGAGUCCAUGUACGUGGAGGCCAAGAAAGACAGAGUGACGGUGGUGUUCAGCACCGUGUUCAAAGACGACGACGACGUCAUCAUCGGCAAAGUCUUCAUGCAGGAGUUCAAGGAGGGCCGGCGAGCGAGCCACACAGCCCCCCAGGUGCUGUUCAGCCACAGGGAGCCGCCGCUGGAGCUCAAGGACACAGACGCUGCCAUCGGGGACAACAUCGGAUACAUCACCUUCGUCCUGUUCCCUCGUCACACCAAUGCCAACGCCAGAGACAACACCAUCAACCUCAUCCACACCUUCAGGGACUACCUGCACUACCACAUAAAGUGCUCCAAGGCCUACAUUCACACACGCAUGCGGGCCAAGACGUCAGACUUCCUCAAGGUGCUGAACCGCGCCCGGCCCGACGCUGAGAAGAAGGAGAUGAAGACCAUCUCGGGCAAGACGUUCUCCCGCUGAGGCCGAGCCCCUCCAGAGUUCUCCGACCCCCCUGGACACGCCUAAACGCGCCACACCGAGACUCAGCACCACAUUGGACAGGACUCCAGGAUGCCUCUAAUGCCCCACCCAGCCCCAAAACGUGUCCAGUCUGUUUUUUUUUUUGUUUUGUUUUGUUUUUUUGUUUUUGUUUUUUUUUUUUUUUUAAAUGAGUAACAAAGUUGGCUCUUCUUUGAAUAAAGUUGGCUCUACUUAGGGAAAGCCGAGGCUUAAGAUAAUGGAAAAAGGGCAUUCCUUGCUUUGCAUAGUUAAAGAGAAUUAUUAGUCCUAUAUAAAUAUAUAUAUGAAAAAAUGAAAUUUUUGAUACGAUAUCUUUUACUCCAUUUGGUACUCUUGCUUGCCCUCCCUCCCUACAUCUGCCUUCCCGCCCGCCCUGCCCCAAGCAUUUGAUGAAUUCAAAUUUCCACCUCAUCUCCCUUUUUUCCCUUUUCCUCUCUGUGCUUUCAUGUCGUCUGUACCAUUGUCAUUGGAAAAAAAUAAUAAAUUACUCUUACAAAAAGCA